AUGAACUAUUUGGACUGUACAAUUCCAAUUGAUUCACCUUGGGUUCUAGUUCCAUAUUUAACUAAUAAUGAAUAUAAUUCAUACAAAAUUACCAAAAUAAAGGGUGCACUGACAAAUGUUAUUUAUAAACUAUCAAUAUUUGAUGAUGGCAUUUGCACAAAUUAUUUAGUCAGAAUUUUUGGUAGUAAAAUGAAUUCUUUGGUAGAUAGAGAAGACGAAUUGAAAAAUAUUCAAAAAGUUCCAGAAGAAGUUGGAUCGGUUAAAAUUUUACUACCAUUUAGAAAUGGUAGAGUAGAAAAGUUUUUAGAUGGAUUUAAAUCUUUGUCACAAAGAGAAAUGGUUAGUGAACCAUUUUUCAAAGUUAUUGCUCACAAAUUUUCCAUAUUACAUUUCCAGUCACCCAAACCUGAUAAAUCUGAUAUUAACAGAUUUAAAGAUGGUUUUGCAUGGACUAAGAUAGAACAAUGGCUUUCAAUUAUUGAAUCUCCAUUAACAAACGAUUGGUUACAAAGAAAUAAUGGAUAUAACCUUAAAACUUUUGUAUUAUCUAAAGAUUGGAGUAGAUUUAAAAAAAUAAUUGCAAAGUAUAAAGAAUGGGUUCUAUCAGAUUAUUCAAAUACUAAUAAUUCAAUAGUUUUUUGUCAUAAUGAUACUCAACAAGGCAAUAUAUUAGUAGAAAAGAAUACUUGUUAUAAUCAAGAACCUAACAUUAAGUUUAUUGAUUACGAAUAUUCUGGCCCAAAUUUUAUUGCUUUUGAUUUAUCUAAUUUCCUUACUGAAUGCAUGCAUGAUUACAAUGUUAAUUCAACACAAUCAUAUAGAUGUCUUAAGUCUAGGUAUCCAAGUCAAGAGAAGAUUUUAACAUUUUUAAGUAGUUAUUUAUGUCACAAAAAAGAUAAUAAAUCAAAAGAAACAAUUCGAGUUGAAGAAUUAAAAAUUUUGUAUAAUCAAGUAAUUAAAUGGAGAGGUGUUACUCAAUUGUUUUGGGCACUUUGGGCAAUUUUGCAAAGUGGUGGAUUAAUUAAUCCAAGCACUUGUAAUGAUAUGGACCAAAAUGAUGAAUAUGAUGUUGAAACAUUAUCUUCAGAUCUAAUUGAAGAAGAUAGUAAUAAUCAUUCCAAUUACAGUACCAGCGAAGUUUCUAACGAUAUUAAUAAGAAUGAUGACUAUUUCGAUUAUAUGAAUUUUUGUAAAGAUAAAUUAUCAUUCUUUUGGGGUGAUUUAAUUAAAUUCAGGAUCGCUACAAAAGAUGACUGCAUUAUGGAAGAUGUACAAUAUUUAGAUAUUAACUUAAUUCCGUAG